AGUAAUCAGUCACGACUUGGUAAGCGCGCAGGCAGCACGUCGUCGUCAUCGCCACCGGGAGUCGUGUUUUCGGUUCGAUAGAGAUAAAACCUCUGGCCGUCGCGUAAUAUUCUCUAUUAUUGGGAAGCAACUUGGGAAGCAACUGAAGUAUUUCAAGAACUGUGUGGCAAGUGAAGAGUAGUCAGUGAUACACCGGUCAUAUCGGAGUGGCGAGAAAGUGUGGUUCCGGCUGGACAAUAUGAUGGACGUAAGCAGCAUGUACGGCAACCACCCGCACCACCACCACCCACAUGCCAAUGCCUACGACGGCUACAGCAGCACCACCGCGGCGGCGGCCAACGCCAGCAGCUACUUUGCUCCGCAGCAGCACCAGCACCACCUGCAGCAGCAGCAUCAGCAAUUGCAGCAGCAGCACCAGCAGCACCUUACCUACAAUGGCUACGAGAGCAGCUCCCCAGGCAAUUACUAUCCCCAGCAGCAGGCGCAGCUGACACCACCGCCCACCAGCAGCCACCAGGUGGUGCAGCAGCAGCAGCAGCAGCAACAGCAGCAGCAGCAGGCGCAGCAGCAACAGCUCUAUCCGCAUUCGCAUCUCUUCAGCCCCAGUGCGGCGGAGUACGGUAUCACGACGAGUGCGACCACGGGAAAUCCGGGCACGCCGCUACACCCCACCAGCCACUCCCCGGCGGACUCCUACUACGAAAGCGACUCCGUGCACUCGUACUACGCCACCGCCGCAGUGGCCACAGUUGCUCCACCCAGCAACAGCUCACCGGUCACUGCCGCCAAUGCAAAUGCCACCGGCAACACACAGCAGCAGCAGCAACAGGCAGCGAUCAUCAGCUCCGAGAAUGGGAUGAUGUACACCAACCUGGACUGCAUGUACCCCACGGCCCAGGGUCAGGCCCCGGUGCACGGAUAUGCCGGUCAGAUCGAGGAGAAGUACGCCGCCGUGCUGCACGCCAGCUACGCACCCGGACUGGUGCUGGAGGACCAGGAUCCAAUGCUGCAGCAGGCCACGCAGUCGCAGAUGUGGCACCACCAGCAACACCUGGCCGGCAGCUAUGCCCUGGACACCAUGGACUCGCUGGGUAUGCACGCCCACAUGCACCACGGCCACAUUCCCCACGGGCACCUGGCCAACUUGGCCAGCAGCUCGCACCAGCAGCAGCCACAAGUCCAGCAGCAGCAACAGCAGCCGCACCAGCAACCGCAACACCCGCAGAACCAAUCCCCAGCGGCACAGCAGCAGCACCACCAGAACUCCGUGUCACCCAACGGUGGAAUGAGUCGCCAGCAGCGCGGUGGAGUGAUCUCCCCUGGCAGCUCCACCUCCUCAUCCACCUCCGCCUCGAAUGGAGCUCAUCCUGCCAGCACCCAAUCAAAGUCGCCAAAUCAUUCCAGCAGCAUCCCCACCUACAAGUGGAUGCAGCUUAAGAGGAAUGUUCCCAAGCCCCAAGCACCGAAACUACCUGCCAGUGGAAUCGCCAGCAUACACGACUACCAGAUGAAUGGACAGCUGGACAUGUGCCGCGGAGGAGGAGGCGGGGGCAGCGGCGUCGGGAGCGGUCCUGUGGUCGUUGGGGGCAACGGAUCCCCCGGGAUCGGUGGCGUCCUUGCCGUGCAGAACUCCCUGAUAAUGGCCAACAGUGCGACGGCGGGUAGUGCCCAUCCCAAUGGCAUGGGCGUGGGUCUGGGCAGCGGAUCCGGAUCCGGACUGAGCAGCUGCAGCCUAUCCAGCAACACCAACAACUCCGGCCGGACGAACUUCACCAAUAAGCAGCUGACCGAGCUGGAAAAGGAGUUCCACUUCAAUCGCUACUUGACGCGGGCGCGACGCAUCGAAAUCGCCAAUACGUUGCAGCUAAAUGAAACCCAGGUGAAAAUCUGGUUCCAGAACCGCCGCAUGAAGCAGAAGAAGCGCGUGAAGGAGGGCCUCAUUCCGGCGGACAUCCUGACGCAGCACUCCACGUCCGUGAUCAGCGAGAAGCCGCCGCAGCAGCAGCAAGCACAGCCGCCGGAACUGCAGAUGAAGUCGCAGGGCAGCGAUCUGGGCGGGAACGACCUGGCCACAGGAGCACCUUCAACACCCACAGCAGCCAUGACACUAACAGCACCCACAACCCAACAAAGUUGAAGGGCUUUCUUCGUUGAUGGUUGUAAUUGUUAUGCUAUUGUUGUUGCUGCCGCCAAAAUAUUGACGCAUUUCGUUGUGAUAAAGUAAUAGAAAGUGCACAGAAGAUCAGAAAGAAAUAAUCUAGGUAAGGGUACGAGAUAAUUAAAUAAAUAAUAUGUCACACACAUAGCAAAUUGAAAUCUGUAAUCAAACGCUAGCAACUAGUGGAAUCUAGGUGCCAUAUUCAUCUAGGGGCUGUAAAUACAUACACUUACACUAACAUUUCGCAUUGCCGCAGCUGAAGUUUAUUGGACUAGCUUAAACUGAACUCAGGGUUAAAUUAAAAAGAAACUUACUUAAAAGCACGCAGAGCAAUUGACAAAAUAUUGAUACAAACAGAAUCAAAACAGAAAUCUAAACUAUUUAAAACUUUCCAAUAACUAUUUAUAGUAGAACCCCUAGUUAUAUUCCACCCGCCACCACCACAACUCGUCUGUAGUAUUAUUAGAUAAGUUUUAGGAUGCCCGAGUUAUUCGUUUUGUGCUUAAAAGUAAUCGGUAAAUCAAUCUUGAUGUACGUCUGUAUAUUUAAUCUAGUCCUAAUUGUAAUAUAAUUAUAACUGUACACCACUUGUAUGAAGAAACAAUAAACGAAACCCGAUUGCAAAUUGUU